AUGUCUGAAGGUGAUGAUGGCUCUGAUCCAAUCUCUGAAGCAGUUGGAUUCAUUGAGAAUAUUUUACAACCAAAUAUAGAUCUUCAAUAUCAGGGUCUAAAAGGUUUAAUGCUUUGUUCAACUACUCAUGUAGUUGAAUUAUUUAAGAAUCCAUCAUUUUUCUAUCAUAUAAAGAGACAUCCAAACCAUAAAUUAAAUCAUAUCUCCUCUCAUGGACACCAUCACCAAUCAUCACCUAUUCCAACUGGCAAUGCUGCCAAUCCAGGAUCCAAUAAUUCAUCUCCAUCUUCUUCACCCUCCUCAUCACCCACCAACAGCCUAAUAGAACCAUGUAACCAAUCACCUUCCAAAUACUCUGACAUUGACUAUGAUAAAUACUCAAAGAAGAGAAAAAGUACACUCAAAAGUCUGAUUGAACUAUGUCUCUCUGAAACCAAAAAAGUUCAAUCCUCUGCACUUAGAUUACUUUGGCAUCUAUCAGCACAAGCUGAUUUGAAAGUAUUAUUAUAUGAAGAAGGUGUUUUGGAUAAACUAAAGUAUUUGAUAUCAAGUGAUUCCCAAGCGCCAAAGGAUGAUAUAGAGAGUAGACAGAAUGGAAUACACAGAACUGAGGUACAGCUGGCUUCAUCAGCAAUUCUACAGAAUAUUACAGAGUAUAGAUUCGAGAGAGGCGAGAUCAAUCCCAAUCAAGUGAAGAUCGUCAAUGAGGGAAUCGUAGAGAUGAUUCUACUGCCAAGAUCAAAGAGUACCGAUCGUAGGGUACAAUUCCUUACCACCCUCACAAUUGCCAACCUCUCAAUGAAUGAAGAGAACCAUCAAAUCCUACAGAGUCACAAAGCAUUCGAUAUUGUCGAAUCGUUUGUCACCAACAACAGUCUGCAUAUGGAUUUGGUUUAUCAAUAUAAAGUCGAAGUUUGGAAAGGUUUAAGUGUCAAUAAUGGUGUUCAAUCAAUUUUCUUAUUGUUACAUUCUCCACAUCCAAAAGUAGUUGAAUUGGCAAAGAAGAUCGCUGAACAACUACAGAUUGAAGAGCCAUCAGUCACUGUAAAUACCACCAAGAUCGGCACCGAUCUCAAGAAGCUUUUCAAUAACUCUGACUUUUCAGAUAUUUGUUUUGUCUGCGAAGGCAAGAAGAUCUACGCUCACAAGGCUAUCUGUGCUUCGCGAUGUGAACAACUGCGUGCAAUGUUCACAUGGGGCAAAGAGUCACAGGAGAAUGAAAUUCACUUGCCUCACAUUCCCUAUGCAUCGAUGUACGGUGUCUUGGACAUUGGAACAGAUAAUAUAGAUAGCAUUGGAACAGAGAUCAUUGGAAGUGUAAAGCAUUUCUCUUAUUAUGUAUUAAACUUUAUCUUUUUGGUUUAA